CCACAGUGACUCAACCAUCAUCCAAAGAACAUAAGAACAUAUACGACGUCGCAAACCACCUUCGUCUCUGUUUGCUCGACGAUAUGGCGAUUCUUGAAGCCCUUUCUGGCGUGUCUGUAGAACGUCCCGUCACCCUGACAGCAGCGUUCCUCGGCAUCCUCCUUCUGGUCCGUACCAUCUAUCGAAUCUACCUCCACCCACUAUCCCACAUACCUGGACCCAUCUUGCCUAAAAGUACAUCGUUGUGGUUGCACUAUCAUGCAUACAUCGGCGACGAAGCCAGUACUAUCCACCGUCUUCACGCACAGUAUGGCCCGUACGUGCGUGUAACGCCGAAUGAAGUCGACAUUAGCGAUGCUGAUGCCAUCCAUCCCAUCUAUGUCUCGAAGGGUGGAUUCAUGAAGGCGCCCUGUUACGCGAACUUUGACAUCGAUGGCCACAAGUCGAUCUUCUCAACGACGAGCCCUGAGUAUCGCGCGCCGAGAGCUAAAGCAGUGGUGCCUAUGUUCUCGACGAAGAGUUUACGGGAAAAUCAAGAUGCGAUUGCUGGAUGUGUGAAUAGCAUGAUAAAGAGGCUGGGAGAAGAGGCACGCACUGCACAACCAGUGAAUGUGUUGAAUUUAACAAGAGCACUAGCUGUUGAUGCUGUGUCGACACACUUGUUUCGUGAGAACUAUGAUGGCGUGAGCGAGAAAGGCCCAACUCUGAGUGUGAGCGCUUUUGUUGAUGCUUUUGUGGCUGUUGGACGCUUUUUCUAUUUGCCAACACCUGUCUUCAUCUGGCUAGAAUGGGCGAUUGGGAAAUGGAUGGCCGAUCAAGAGACGGAAGAAAGCAUGACACUCGUUGAUAAAUUUGUCAGCAAUCUGGUAUCUGGCACUUCUGCGAAGUCGCAAACAUAUCCAGGUCGUUUGAUGGCCGCUGGUAUUAGCAAUGCCGAAGUCGAAGCGCAGUGCAAAGAUCUGCUGUUCGCUGGUACAGAUUCGACAGGCAUGAACCUGGCAACUAUCAUCAGAGGCCUAGUGAUGCACCCCGAGAAGUAUGAAAAGUUGAAGGAAGAAGUCAAUCGGAAUGCUUCGCUAGGUGCAGAAGCUGAGGAUAUUCAGGCUCUGCCAUACCUCACUGCAGUCGUCAAGGAAGGCUUGCGUGUCAGCAUGGCAAACCCUACACGCCUUCCACACGUGGUUCCAGCAAAUGGCUGGAUGUUCAAGGGUACAUUCUUCCCUGCAAAGUCCAUAGUUGGGUGCUCAGCCUACGAGCUCCACUUCGACGAAAACGUUUUCCCUGAGCCACGCAAGUUCAUACCUGAACGUUGGCUCAGUGCCACAGAAGCCAUGUCGAGGUCGUCGUUCGCUUUUGGUGCCGGCUCCCGCCAAUGCAUUGCUAGAAAUUUGGCGACACUGGAGCUACACCUUGCAACAGAGCAACUAGCCAUCAGCGGAGUGCUCGACGGCGGGCGGGCAGUUGACCAAGGUGAUGUCAAGAUCUACGAGUGGUUCAACUCCAAAGUCGAAGGAGAGAAGAUUGAGGUUAUCUGGUCAUGAGGAUAAAAGAGAGUCAGUGCCAGCUCAUCAAAUAUGUGUGUGCUUCCUGGUCUCAGAUACUCUCCAUGGAGCUCACAAUGGAGAAGACCAUAAUUCAGAACUCUACAUCGAGUUUUCAGACCGCAUCGGCCUCUCCCUGCUUCCACUUUCAGUCGGUCUCGCGAGAUAAGCGCGUGUGGAAUUACACAGGGGUAAAAUUCGUUUAACAUCAGCUGCGCAGUUGACAUAAUCCAAAUCUGACCUCGAACAAGUCCAUCAUAUCAACCACGCUUGAACCUUUGACGAGAGCCCUUAUGCCGUACCAGCAAAAUAUG